UUGACAUCCAUUGCGCAUGCUUCUCACAAGACAAACAACAUGUCCGCGGUAUCAGCUGUCCGUGGGGUCUUUAUUUGGCGUCUGGAAUAUACGUAGUAAUAUUUUAAAAGAGAAUUUAAUAGUAAUUAUUAUCCUAUCGACGAAUCUUUUAAUUAAUUGCAUGAGACAGACAGCUAAACUUAUCAAUGGAGAACGUGGAAAGCCCAAACCCGUUAGAAUGGAAGCUGCCCGAUCAAGUGAUGCAGUUGCAUCGAUUACAAAUGAAAAAGCGUGCUUUGCAAGCACGUAUGAAUAGAAUACGUAAUAUCGAUAAAGGAUCAUCGCCCUUGAAUAAUUCCUCUAAUAAUUGUAAUUUUAAUUUGAAACAAGAAACAUCCCAAAAACGUAAGAAUCCUUUUGUAAAAGACGAUUUGCCGGACAAAGGGCGAAAGGAUAUGACACUGACGGAUCUAGAAAAUAGCAAUGACAAUACUUUGUUUGAGUUAUUAAAUAUUAGCGUUAAGAGACAAAAAACAGUUGAGAAUGCCACGCCAGCUAAUCCUUUGAGUUUUACCAGCGUUCUAGCCCAGCUAGAAAAUAAUGCAUGCGUACCAGAAGUAGAAGUUCCAAAAGGUGAAAAGUAUGUACCGAUUGAUUGGACGUUAAAAACUAAAAUGAGAUUUAUGUCUUCGAAGCCGUUCCCAUGGAACAGUAAAUUGAAGACAAGCGAGGAAGCUUCUGGUACUACGAGUUUUGUAAGGUGUUUAGAUAUCGGACAAAAGGAAACUACUUUGGACACUAGUCCAAAUGCAAGAUUUCACCAAUGUUGCUUGGUAUGGCAACAUCCAUCAUUACCGUGGUUAGAGUUAUUCCCUCGCUCUGCUGGCAAAGUGAGUGCAAGUCUAGGAAGCAAUUCUGCGGUAGCGAACAAUCAGCUAAUAAGAGAUGCUUUGUACAGAGAAUGGUGCGACAGUUUCAGAUCACUUUUUCAUUUGUUGCGUGCACGGCAGUGUCCUUAUUUUUAUGUCUGUACGAAUAAUUUCACCGUACUUUUCCGUGCUGCUGGAAUAUGCGGGCUAUCCGAAAUGCAUGCCUUGUUAACGCCUACAACGCGUGGUUUCCGACAAGCUUUGAAACAAGAAGAGAUCGAGUAUACUAUGCCAUUAAAGAAAGAACAUAAAAGGCCAUCGGAUCCGACCGAUUCUGGAUGUGAAACUUUGGAUUCUAGUUCUUCAGCUUUGAUCAUUAAUGACGAAGAAGACGAAGCGCAAGAUAAAUGGUUGCAAAGCCUCGGCGUAGAAAAUUCUGAGAUCCGAAAAAUUAAUAGUUCUCAGGCGAGAAUGAUUUUAGAGAAGGAAAGCGAAAUGGAUAGUAUGAAACAGUCGCUCGUUUUUGUCAAAGGUGUAGAAGCACAAGCUUUAUUCAACUUGUUAAUUAAUUGUAAGUCGGCCAUAACGACAACUGGUGCAUUAGCUGGCGUUCCACCGACUCUGCUAGCACCCAUGGCGUUUCAUGGAGCUACUCUAAAACCAUUGAAGGGAUUACAGUCUGCUAAAAUAAUGGGCGAGAAAACGUUCAAUCUCACUUGGAACAAUCACCUUGCAAACUUGUCAGGUUUGUUCGAGGGACUUUACAAAAGUGGCUCCCUCACGGAUGCCACCUUAGCUUGUCAGGGUGGCAUGCUAAGGGCACAUAGGUUGGUUCUGGCAGCAUGCAGUCCUUAUUUCGAAAGAGUUUUCAAGGAGCAUUACGGCGAACAGCCCAUACUUAUACUCAAAGGCGUUGCCGUGGAAGAAAUGGAGUGUCUCUUAGACUUCAUGUAUCGUGGCUCGAUCGACGUAACCGAGGAACAUUUACCCUCGUUGAUAAAGACUGCAACGGACUUGGAGAUACGCGGGCUCUCGGGAGAUCAGAGAAAUCAGGAUAACGGUAGAAGCUCCUAUAAUAGGGUAGACCCGAGAACUCAACGAUGUCACAUCGAGACGAGGGUUCACACCACCGAGUACAUGAAGGAACCUUCGGUCAUACCUUUUCUACCGAAGCAAUCGUCGGUCGACUCGUUGGAGGAUACUAUCAAGGUCGAGGAGAUCGAAGUAGAGGACGAUCCUAUGGUAAUGGAUGGUCACGAGGAUUCAUUCGACGAACCAUUGCGAUCGUCCGGGACGCAAAUCAGGCGCAUACCACCUCCCAUGUACAAACGAGAGACGAGGUUCAAGGGACAAAAGAGAGUGUCGGUAGGUAGAAUAACCAGGAACAGCGAUCCAUUGGAUAUAAAGCCAAAAGAUCGUUCGUCCUUGAGAGAAGACUCGGACAGAGAAUGGCCUUACGAAGAUUCGGGUAGUGCGAUCAAGUCGUUUAACAAUGGCUCCGUGGAUCCUACGGUACCUGAUAUUCAGAUGAACGAUGAUCUGAGAGAACAGGAGGAGAACAUUAUAUCACCAAAGAGUCCGGAAGAGACGUUGAGUAUAGGUGUAAAGAGAAAAGCUGAAAUGAUUGGGAAAAGGGGUGGUGUGAACGAAGGAAGGGGGGAAAUGAGGAGCUCGUUAAAGUCAGACAGAGCCCAAUAUAAACCUUUCUCGUGCGACCUUUGCAUUUUGGCAUUCACAAGAGCGUCUCACUUGGCCAGACAUAGAAGAGUACAUACAGGCGAGAGACCGUUCGCGUGUAACAUAUGUCCGAGAAUGUUUGCAAGACAGGACAAGUUGAAACAACAUCUCGACUCGCAUUUGCAAUCUUCCAAGAGAAAGACUAAUUUAACCGCGGCGCACACCGUGUCGACUCCAACGGUACCGGUGAAAGGAAAACGUGGAAGACCGAGGAAGGUGAAUACGGAACAGUCGGUUAUACAAGACUUUUUGAAGUUUGGCGAAUUCAGCUCGCUUCUCGACAAGUCCCACUCUAACGAUACUUUGAGUAAAAAUGAUGAAACAUCAACGAAAACAUCGCCGACGACCAUGACGUCGACGACAAUGACAACGGCGGAAGGCGAAAAGAGAGUCACCACCAAUCGCGAAGAAUAUUCUAAACAAAGGGACGCGGAUAACAAUGGCAAAGACAAGGAUAAGAGUAAAGACGAGGUUGAUUAUGGAUGCCAGGUCGAGAAUAGUCGAGAUAUGCCACGUAUCGAUUUUCAGGGAUAAGAUCAUUUUUCAAAUUCAUACGUGCCGUUGGGAUCAUUUGGUUGCGCUUAUUCGUUUACCUUGUACCUGAGGUAUAUUACGCUGGCGACUAGGCGACUACGUUGCACUUACGAAUCCUCAAUAAAAGUAAUAAAAAGAACGAUGAAAUUAGCGAUCAAGAAGGAGAAUCAAACUUCGAUAGAUCGUAGUAUUAAUCGACGUUUGAGUGACUUUUAAUCGCGAUAAGAUUACCGAAAGGGAAUGCUAAUCUACGCUGCUGGAGAGAUUCGACCAAAUUACGUUUAUCGACCAAAUUAGCGCGAAGAUAUGGUCUAAUUUACUCUGUAAAUUCAUCCGGUCCCCUUUUCUAAAUAAAACGAGACAGAAAAUGAUUGUUCUGCUAUUGGUAUCUAUUCGAACGAGAAAACGAAUGCACUACUGAUCGACACGCUAUACGUUCAUAUAUACGUAAAUCGCAAAAUAUUCGUUGUGAAAUUAGAAUUGUAAUCCUAUUAACAAUUAUUUAACGACUUAAUCGUUGUAUCGAACACAUACGUGCGGUGUAUGCAAUACAUUUUACAACUAGAAGUUGGCUCGAUGAUAGGAUUCUGAGCCAAUAUGUACGUACCAUACAUUAAAAAUAAUUCCGAAUUAUUUUGUCAUACGAUUACGAUUACGAUAAGUCAAGUACAAAUCUCCAAAUAUUAUUGCACCGAAGGCGAAGUGUGCGUGUCUGGCUGGCUGGCUGGUAUAUAUGUGAAAGGAUCUAUACCUGAACUGUAUAUCAUUAGACGUAUUUUCCAUAUAUGCCAUUUCAAUUUGUUAGUGCGUAAAAGGAAAACUUGGUUCGUCGAACGAACAAAAGUUCAUUGUUUCAUAUAUCUUCUUGGUGUUUAUUGUUUAAACGAAUUUAGAUUAGAUAUUAUCGGGUAUAUUCGGAAAGAUACCUCAUCGUAUUUCGUACGAUUCAAACGAUAUAUAUAUAUAUAUAUAUAUAUAUAUAUAUAUAUAUAUAUAUAUAUAUAUAUCGAAGGAUGUUUUACUUUGGUCAUUAUUACAUGAUAUUAUAUCAUAUGACGGAUAGCCAAGUUAAUGCCAUAGAAUAAAAUUAUAGGAGUUUUAUUUCUUUUGUUUAUUAUUCAUCUAUAUCAAAACACAUAUGAAAGGAAUGAGGUUCGACGUAUUAAAGGAACGAAUUACAUAUACGAUAUAGAAGAUUUUUCAAGAUAUAUUGCAAUUCAAAUUCUAUUCUUGCAGAUUACGUGAUAUAAGAUUUUGCAAUAUUUUAGUCGUAUCGUUCGUUUUCGUAACAUGUGUUCGAUUAGAGACAUUGGCAAAAAGAAAGAAAAGAGUAUCAGUUAGUCCAAUAGUUUUGCCUCUUUAAUUGAUUGUUGUUGUUUGUUAAAGUGCCGUUUCGUUCUAGUUAUCAACGAUCGCUGAUUAACGAUCUAAUACUUAUUAUCUCACUUUUUUAGGUUUCUUUUUUAAAAUCAUGUGCAAUUUUUUAAGUGAUAUACUAUAACGUGGCAAGCUACGAAUGAACUCUAUGUAAUUUCGUGGAUGCCCAUGUGAGUGAACAUAAGUGAGUCUCCAUAUCUUAUAAGUGUAUUAUGUAGUGACAUGUAAAUAAUAUAUCUUACGACGACA